AUUGUACAAGAGUUGAAUGAAAUGGGAAUGUCUCGGGAUAUUCUAAAGGAAAUGUCUGAAGCUAAGGAAGGUUAUAAGCUCGAAUAUUCUUUUGAAGACAUUAAGGAGCACAUUCGUCCAUAUAUAAAACUUGAUCUGGAUGAUUGCGACCAUAUUUCGAAAGCUCAGUUAUCUACCGUUACUCAUCUGGCCGGAAGUUCGCGUGUUUCCUUCUCCAAAUACGACAGUCGAUCGGUCUCGUCGUUGUCUUCGACCCUUACGAGCGAUUCUGAAUUCAGCAUAACGAAUAACGAUUUUCUUUUUGACGAACUUCCGGGACAAUCAUCCGAAAACACCAGAAACGAAGCCACGAUUCUCAUGGAGAAG